GAAAAAAAAGUAUUUUUAAAAAUUCUACGGGCGGAUGCGAAAGUUAUGACAACCGCGAAAGGCUGCAUUUUUCUUUCUAGUUUUGCUAGAGGCUCUCUUUAAGCAUGCCUAUUUUGUGAUUUUAUCAUCUUUUCUGGUUAAAAAGAUCUAGACGACGAUCAACAUCCACACUCUAGCCGUAUGAGAGGGAAGCGUUUCACUGCCAAAUUGAAGAGAGGGGAGAUGCCGUCGACUGGACUAGUUUGAAAUUCGUUGUUAUUGUUUUGAUAGCAAAAAAAUAGACAUUUGAAGCUAUGUCCGGGUACAGAAGGGUUAAUUACUAUGAAUUAUGUCGUUUAUGUACGACUACAGAAGGAACUAAAAUGCACCUAUUCCGUGAAGAAGGUCGAAGACGUCAACUUGCUAGGAAGAUCCCACUCUGUCUCCCACUUGAGGUAGCAGAGGAUGACUCACUGCCUAAGAUAAUAUGCUCUAACUGUGUUGAGAAACUUGAAAGUUUCUAUGAAUUUCGAGAAUCUUGUGUUAAUGCUGAGGCCAUGCUGGAGAGCUACUUCUCUUCAAUCAGAGCCGAAGACCACAGAGAAGGGCAGAUUGCAGCGGUGUAUGUACGAGAUCCUCCACCAUUGAAAGAUCCCAAGGCACCUAAAACUGAUGUCCAGCCUCAGUCAUCACAAAUGCCAGCUCCUGCGACACUUGUUGUACCCGUUGGUGCAGAUGGCUUAUCAAAUCUCAUUCAAGCAGCAGGAAUACAGAUUCUUAGUGAGUCUGAUGCUGCUCGACUUCAACCAUUACUAGGGACAGCUGCUGCACCUAUCAUAGAGGCCAGUGAUGGCACUAAGUAUACAUACCUCAAUAAUGCAGUUUCUACACCUGAUAUAUCUCCUGAAAAGAAUGUUGGAAUAAAAAACGAAAAGGUUGUUGAUAAUGAGAAUGGCCCUGAACAGUCCCAGCAUGCUCCCCAAGUGCAGCAGCAAACCAUCACUUUUGCUUCUGCAGGUCAAGAAAUGAUGGUUCAUUUCAAUCUAAAAGAUUCUGAUGGAACCAAUCCCCAGUUACAGAAGGCUUCACUGGCUCAAAUAAGUGAAUUUCUGAAAAUGAACGUUGUGGAUGGUCCAACUCUAGUGAAAGAUCCCACAAUACCAGGAGGUCUGCGCAUUGUUGGAGUUCCUCAAACGAUGAUCACAGCUCAACAGUUGCAGGAACAGCAGCAUCAUCAACAGAUCCAACAUUUAUUGCAAACCCAAUCACUUCAGUGUCAAGAGCUUGAACAACAGUUUCAACAGCAACAGCAGCAGCAACAACAGCAACAACAACAACAACAACAGCAGCAACAACAACAGCAGCAGCUUAAUCAGCCUCAGCAGAUUAGUCAAGCACACCUUCAACAGCAAACUGUGCGACAGCCGACCCCAAAGAAACGAAGUAGGACUGCUAAAGCUCAGAUUCAGCAACAGCUUCAAUCACAGGGACAACCUCAGACAACACAACAGCAGCAUCUUCAACAGCAACUACAGCAGCAGCAGCUUCAACAAGAGCAGCAGUUGCAAAGAGAACAGCAGCUGCAACGAGAACAGCAGCUGCAACGAGAACAGCAGCUGCAAAGAGAACAGCAGCAACAGUUGCAACGAGAACAGCAACAGCAGCAACUCCAGCGAGAACAACAGCAGCAGCAGUUGCAACGAGAACAACAGCAGCAGCAGUUGCAACGAGAACAACAACAGCAGCUCCAACAAGAACAGCAACAGCUUCAACAAGAGCAGCAACAUCUCCAGAUACAUAUUCAACAAUCACAUGAAAUACAGCCAAACCCCAAAGUAGAGCCAUCACAGCAUGAGUAUACCAAUACAAUGCUUCCAUUUGGAAGUGAUAACGAGCACGAAGAUGAUGUUUCUAAUCAUGAGGAACUUGAUCAGCAAGAUUCUUUAUGCACAUCUAUCGAAGCGGUUGUGAGUGGUGCUGGAGGUCAAGACAUAGACUCAAGAGAUGUGGAGAAAUUUAUAUAUGGAUGUGAUGAUUGUUCAAAGCUGUUCAAAAGGAAAGAACAUCUUGCUCAACAUCAGAAGCUGCACACAGGUGAAAGGCCCUAUGUGUGCCAGCACUGUGACAAAACAUUUAUAAGAAAGGAACACUUAUUAAGGCAUUCUAUAAGUCAUGCUGGCACCAAGCAAUUUGAAUGUGAGCAAUGUGGCAAGAACUUUGGUCGAAAGGACAAUCUACACAAACAUCGUAAAACCCAUACAAGUGAAGGACCAUUUGAAUGCCAAACCUGCGGCAAGAGUUUUAUUGUCAAACACUAUUUCUUGAUGCAUUUGGCUUGCCAUGGUACUGCAGUAGAGAGUGAAAAUGGAGAAGUUGUGUAUGAUCCACAAGCACUCCCGUUUAAAUGUGAUAUCUGUGGUAAAGGUUAUCCCACUAAAGCUUUCUGUGACUCUCACAGAUUAAGACAUAGAAAAAUCAAUAAAAAGAAGCUCGACAAGGACUCAGUUGAAGAGUUUCAUGACCCAGAUGGGAAAGACAGACUCAAAAUUGGAAGUGAUGCGGAUCUGGUAGAUCCUUUACAGAUCCAAAUUCCACACCACCAAGGGUCUCAAGAAGAGCAACAGCCUACAGAUGAGAUAAGACAACUUAUUGAACAAAACAACAUAGUGCCUGUUACAUUGCAAGCAAAUGUACCUUCAUCUAAUGGCAUCAGCAGUAUUCUUCCUCAGCUCAUUCAGCAAAUGGUUCCUUCAUCAUCAUCAGCUGUGAUUCAAGUUCAGUCUUCAGCAAACGGAACAACAUAUAUUUGUUCUCCUGAAAUAAUUGAAACAUAUCGACGGAUGCAGCAAUCAUAGUUUCUUUUGUUUUUCUUGAUUUUCUAAAGAAUUAUUUUAUAGAACUGGUAAUUGGCCGAUUUAAUUUGGGUAUCAUUAUUGUUAUUUUGCUUAUUUUAUACCCAUGGUUAUAUUAUUGGUGUGUUACUCUGCCAUGUAGAGUGAUGAAUUGACUAACUGAGCAACCUUCUCAGGAUGCGUUGUCAUGUUUUGUACAUUCAUCAGUAAGUGUUUUCUCACUUUUUUAUGUAAUGCUAGUAUUUAUUACCUGUAGUAUUAUGGGAAUAGCGGUUUAAACUAUCAAAAAAUUAUUACCACUGUUUGUUUGUGAGUCGUUCUCUUCAAGAUGAAGUGGUCUUAUCACUUUUGUCUUAAAGAUGAUAUUAUAUUCAGUCCUAUGUAAUGUUAUUGGUGAACUUGUGAUCUUAUCUGUCAUUCUCAUAUCUCUCUGUGUAUCCUAUCUGUUACUGUCGGAUGUAUUGCUAGGAAAUUUCAGAUGAAUCUUUUAUAUCCCGGCAUCAUUUGUGGAUGAGCAAUUUCUAUUGCUGCUAGUUUCUAUCACUGAAACGUAGAACAUUUUCAUAUUUUGCAUGUUUAUCAGUAUGCUCAUGUAGUGAAAUUUCUGGUGUAGCACUGAGCCAACCCAAAAAUUAACCAAAGGGGUUUGGCUUUCUUCUGUCACUUUAUGUCUGGUAAAACUGCAUUGGAAAAGUUAAUAAGAUGCAUUCUAGAAUCUUUUGUAACUUUCUUUUCAGUAUUGUUUCAUGAUUGGUUUGAAAUUAAUCAUAACUCUGAAAGACUUCUCUGAACCAGAUACAAUAAGUUUUAGAACCCCUGUUCUGGGAAGACAAGUGUUACUAUGCCUUCUCAUAAAUUUUUAGUGUAUGUUAGUUUUACUGCUCUGACAGGUAAGAGGAACUACUUUAAAACUAAAGUGGCGGUUUAUUCUUGAUCUGGGGGCCUUCCUCUUUCUUUUUUACAGAACUAAAAGUUACUAAUUAAUAGACAAAUACAGUAGUAAUUCAUUUUUGUGUCACUGUUCAAAAUGUUGACAUUUAAGACUGUACAAAACUUUGUAUUAGACUGAAUAUCAUAAAGCACAGAAGAACAUGAUCGAAGAAGGUUCACAGACACGGAUAAAAUUUUACCAUUAAUGAAUACUGGUAUCAGAAUUUUGACCACAAACCUCCGCUUUUGGUGUUCCUGCUCACCUUAUGGGUCAUUUGCAUAAAUUUGUAUACUAUCGAUCUGACUGGCAUCACUUAAAGAUAAAUAAUCCUGAUUCGUUGCAUUAUUAUACCAAAGAGACUGUCAUUACUUUUUAGGGCAUUGUAAUUUAUCUUUGAAGAUCAAAAUCUAUCAUGUUAUUGUUUGUGGUUAAUUUUCUUUUUAUUUGUUGUUUGCUGUCUAUUGACCCAAAGACCAACUUUUUACUAGUAGUACAUACAAUGAGAUGAAAAAUUGGACAAAAAAUGUUUGUCGACAUGUUUUUGUGGGUGUUGUUUUCUCGCAUUCUUUUCAUGCUUCUUUGUAAGUUUGAGACGACAGGCUUGAUUUGGUUGUGCUUUUGCUCAUUCUAUUGUAUCAUUGAUCUUAGUCUCAUGCACUAACUCAAGUGAUUAGUACUAUUCACUCCCAUUUAAUAUUUUGCUGCUAUCUUGAAUGAUAACUUCUGCAGUUCAGAACCAAAUUAACAAUGUCAAUUAUUUAGUUCUAAGGGUUUGAAUGUCUAGGUGAAAUUUAAAAAUCAAGACUGAUGGCGUUCAUGAAUAAAUUGGUAGCUGUACAGGGAAGAUGGAUUCAUUGAUUAUUAAUCCUAAUCUUGUGUUUUCAUUCAAGGGAGUUAGGGUUAAGUUUGAAUAAUUAAGAUGACUCAAAGUACCUGUCCGUUUGCUACGUUUUUCGCUUUCUUUUACCAUGUCAAUUGUGUUUUGUUCUAAUUUUUUCCAUGAAAUGGAUUAAAUUAACAUAACUUUUUUACAGACAUAUUUAUAUGAAAUAUAUAUAAUUCAGUAUAUACUGUGAACUGCAUUUAUAGAUGUCUUUUUUCAGAUUUUUAUCUAUUACAUCACAAAUUUGCAAUAAAGUGUAUUAUGCCUA